AGGCAUCAAUCCUCAGUUAUGCAUGUCAUGUCAAUAACUUCUUCCUCACUUAGAGCUCUUUGGUGACUAGCAAAAGAAUACGUGUUGCCACCUGCGCGUUUUGCCCAAUGCUUUCACCCAACUCUUAUUGUGCUUUCAUAUUCAUCUUAGAAGCCUUGUUUUCGAAACACCAAGUCUCUACUCUCCACGGAAGCGGGCAUCAGAAUUCAUGGCGAAUGGGGAAAGUCCUACAAUACCAAGCACUAUCAGUUUACCGUUGCUACGUCCUCGGGAUGGCAUCAAAAGAGAAUCAGUGGUUGCAACUCCAGUCACCCAAAGCAGGACGAGGGUAGUACUGGCACCGGCUCAUCAACUCCCAGGUCAUUUAAUCCAACUUCUGGAGGAAUGGCAUAGGGAUCACCCGCAUGAGCGACCACUGGCUGCAUUCUCAAAGAAGAAUUCAACCGAGGAAGAGAGGACGUACACCGUGUUAUCACGGGAUCGCAAACAGCUCCCUCUCAUAGAGGAGAUCUCGAUUACCAAACCUUUGUCUUACAUGGUAUAUUACCUACCCAUCAACGACGGAAAGCAGACUGGUAUUUUGGUGAAGCCGCUGACAUGGGGAAAUCGGAUCUGCUUCAUGAAAAAAUGGCUUGGGGACUACACCUUCCAAGCGGAACCUGCUGCUGUGCGAUUAAUGCAGGUGGAUGGCUCAUUUGGAGACUUUCCCGACGAUGAUAAAUGGAGAGCAGCUACCGAUAAGAAGUUGCCAAGUGAAUUGAAGAAUGAAGAAGAGGAACGCGCCAUUCGACCCAGCGUACCUAGGAAACGGUCCCGAGAAGAAAGGGAAAAUAGCACGAGCAGCUCCGGUGGGGACAUAGAUUUCACAACUUCAAGACCAGCAACUCGGCAGCAAUGUCGACAACGAGCAAGCUCAACACAUACAUCUGCUGCGCCAAGAGAUGAUGGUUCGGAGGGCGAAGACGAACUACAUCCGACUGGCCUCUCUAAUAGAGGGUUACCUAUAAUUUUACAGUCAACAACACAUGUCCAAAGAAACCUCAAUUCUCGAACAUCCUUACCACAGACUCAUCAAAGCGGAGGAGGAAGGAGCACGCUCCUAUCUUCCCCUUUGAUUACCAACUGCCCAAACAUAACCACAAGCGAUUCCGGCGUCGACAUCUCGGCAGCAACAGCAACCAUAACAUCACACGGAGUCAUGAACUCUACGUCACCGCCAAUUAUCACAUUCAAGCUCAGAAUCUCUCGGACCAGAAUGGAACGUCACAUUCGAAUCGAGGAUAACGAGGAGGAUGCAGAGGAACUAUUUAAAGAAGCCAGGGAUUAUUUCCGCCGCCAUGACAGGCUGAUUGGUACGCCAAUACUAGAGUGUGUUAUCGAAGGCGAGCCGGAUUGUCGGUGCAUUUAUAAUGCCAAAGAAUUGAGGUAUUUUAUUGAGGAGCUUCGUGAAAGACGGGGUAUUGUCAAAGUCACUGUAACACAGAGCUCUUGACUUUUUAUGUUUUCGGACCUUUUCUUGCUGUUAUUUGAGCGAAUUACUUGGCUUGUCUGAGGAUUAGCAGAAUUAAGCAGUCGGAGUACCUACAGAACCAUAUGAUUAUGUACGCGCACCCUAAUUAUAUAUCAAC